AUGGUUUUAGACACUGCUUCUGCUACUUCUUAUUUAAAGAAUUAUUCUGAAAAAGAUGGUUUAUCAGUUCAAGAAUUAAUUGAUUCUAAUAAAUUUGGUGGAUUAACAUAUAAUGAUUUCUUAGUUUUACCAGGAUUGAUUUCAUUCCCAUCUUCUCAAGUUAGUUUAGAUUCUAAAUUGACCAAGAAGAUCACUUUAAAAUCUCCAUUUGUUUCAUCUCCUAUGGAUACUGUCACUGAAGAAAAUAUGGCUAUUCAUAUGGCUUUAUUAGGUGGUAUUGGUAUUAUUCAUCAUAAUUGCACUGCUGAAGAACAAGCUGAUAUGGUUAGAAAGGUUAAGAAGUAUGAAAAUGGUUUCAUUAGUGAUCCAGUUGUUAUUUCUCCAGAAGUCACUGUUGGAGAAGUUAAAGAAAUGAAGAGACAAUUAGGAUUCUCUUCUUAUCCAGUUACUGAAAACGGUAAACUUGGUGGUAAAUUAGUUGGUAUUGUCACUUCCCGUGAUGUCCAAUUCCACGAAGACGAUUCUGACAAGGUUUCUGCCGUCAUGACCACUCAAUUAGUCACUGGUCAAGAAGGUAUUACUUUAGACCAAGGUAAUGAAACCUUAAGAACCUCUAAAAAGGGUAAAUUACCAAUUAUUGAUGCUCAAGGUAAUUUAGUUUCUUUGAUUUCUAGAACUGAUUUACAAAAGAAUCAAACUUAUCCAUUAGCUUCUAAAUCAUUCCAUUCUAAACAAUUAUUAUGUGGUGCUGCGAUUGGUACUAUUGAAGCUGAUAGAGAAAGAUUAGAUAAAUUAGUUGAAGCUGGUUUAGAUGUUGUUGUUUUAGAUUCUUCUAAUGGUUCAUCUGUUUUCCAAUUAGAUAUGAUUAAAUGGAUUAAAUCCAAAUAUCCAGAAUUACAAGUUAUUGCUGGUAAUGUUGUUACUAGAGAACAAGCUGCUUUAUUGAUUGAAGCAGGUGCUGAUGGGUUAAGAAUUGGUAUGGGUUCUGGAUCUAUUUGUAUUACUCAAGAGGUUAUGGCUUGUGGUAGACCACAAGGUACUGCUGUUUACAACGUUACUGAAUUUGCCAACAAAUUUGGUGUUCCAUGUAUUGCUGAUGGUGGUAUUGGUAACAUCGGUCAUAUUACCAAAGCUUUGGCUUUAGGUGCUUCUUGUGUUAUGAUGGGUGGAUUAUUAGCCGGGACUUCUGAAACUCCAGGUGAAUACUUUUAUAGAGAUGGUAAGAGAUUAAAGACUUAUAGAGGUAUGGGAUCUAUUGAUGCUAUGCAACAAACCAAACAAAAUGCUAAUGCUUCUACUUCAAGAUAUUUCUCUGAAGCUGAUAAAGUUUUAGUUGCACAAGGUGUUUCUGGUGCUGUUGUUGAUAAAGGUUCUAUUACCAAGUUUGUUCCAUAUUUGUUCAAUGGUUUACAACAUUCUUUACAAGAUAUUGGAUUACAAUCUGUUGAAGAAUUAAGGGCUAAGGUUGAUUCUGGUGAUGUUAGAUUUGAAUUUAGAACUGCGUCUGCUCAAUUUGAAGGUGGUGUUCAUGGUUUACAUUCAUAUGAAAAGAGAUUACACAAUUAA